AUGGUAAAGAUACCGGAGUGGUGUCAUAAAUACUUCAAGUACAGGACUUACUCCGAGCUGGAGCUGUUUAGCCUCUCCAAACUCACACAGAACAAGUAUGGGCACCUGUUCAACGAUCUAUUGAUGAAGGACGAAGGGUUUAGCAAAAGAAUGUUUAUAAAUACGUCCUCAGAAGUUAUGGAGAACGGGUUGGGCCCAUCAAUGGAGGAGUGUGAGACUCUGAAGAGGGAAGAAGUGCUGAAGAUGCUCUCAAAAGAGCAGUCGAGGAAGAGUAAAGUCCACCUUUUAACAGUGGUGAACGUGGGAAAUAACGCUUGUGGUCAUGCAGGAAUUUGGCACGGUGGCGUCAUUAGCGCCAUUUUCGACAAUCUUUUUGGUCUAAUGGGGAACGUAGUUUUACCUCUAGCUGCCACAAAGUCUCUUACUGUUACCUUCAAAGCCCCAGUAUCGGUUGGAUCUACUGUAGUCGCCGUGGCUGAACAUGACCCUGAGUCAGACAAACACUCAGAUCGCUUCACAGUGACAGGCUCGAUGUUCGAUGAAUCUGGAAAACUUGUAGCUACCGGGUCCUCUGAGUUAGUCGACGUGUCCAAAAGGUGGACUAAAUAA